CGGAAAAAGUGGACAGUUCAGCAACGCCCGACCUUCAGCCACUAAUAUCGAUGGGGCCAUCACCAGGGAAGCAAUAUGAUCCACUCAAGGAAUUAGAUGCGAUAGAACCAAUGAAUGUAAAAAAGCCUAUAGAGGGUAAAAAAGUGGAGAAACUGAGUGAGAAGAAAAGUUCUGCCGUGAGCAGUGGUUCAUGGUUCGGUGGUCUCUUUAGUAAACUUACUCCAAAACCGAAAAAUCAGAUGAUAUUGCCAGAUGAUAGUAAUCCAACAAUUGUAUGGGACCCAGUAGCUAAAAAAUGGACAAACAAAGAUGAGACUAGCGAGUCUGGUUCCUCAAGUCUUGCUCCACCACCAAAAGCUGCGGACAUGAGUCUCCAUCAAUCACGAGUAGAAUCCCCUAACCCUUUACCUCCUCAACCAGCUCUUAAUCUACUUAACAGGGAAGAAGUUACAACUCCAAAUAACUCUAAAAUAAUGAAUCGAAGUAAUAUGUUUAAACUGCAGAAGGGCAGGGGGAUGCGAGCCAAUUAUAUCGAUGUAAUGAAUCCUAAUGCAUCCAAGGGGAAUAUUCCUUCGAUUCCUACUCCAGCUAACUCGCCACUUAUGCCAAUGGCUGCGUCAUCACCACAAAUGUUCAUUCCUGCUCCUGUCAACGAUCCUGACGCCCCUUUGAAUUUCUUGACACCAACUCAAGCUUCAAUUCCAUCUCAGGAAAAUAAUUCUCACGUGAAUCAACAGGAUACAAUCAAACAGCGAACAUGAAGGACGGCGCUUUCGAGAAUAUGCUGAGAACCAGAUAUCAAAUUCGAUCAAGUAUUGAGGAAGCUUCUUCUUAGGAGAAAAUUAUCAAGAAUCAGCAGCAGUAUAUCUACUCAUUUUUUUGCUGGUCCCAAAUCUCCAGUAUAAAAUUUUGGAAUCAUGGAUUGUUUCAUAGUUAGGGUUCAAAAUUCCAUUGCAUACUUUCAGAAUACGGUAGAUCCAAAACUUAAAGUCUGAAAUUUUAUAAAAUGACCCAAGUCACGGUAGAACAGUAACAGAAACCCUCAUGUCAAAAUUGCCUAGUGAUCUUGAAUAGCAUUCUUCUCGCGUACGUCUUGUGCGUAAUAGUAUCGAAGUCAAAUAAAUUGUAAUGAAAAAAAAAAGAAAUGUGUUAACACUUUUUCUGGUUUCAGGCGUAAUCAAUAGGUAUUGCUCAAUGCGGAAGAUUGGUUUCCAUUGAAAAAUAGACAAGUGUUUCAUAAGAUCACUCUCUAUUUCUUUCUGUAAUGGUUAUUGAACAUAUAAUUGUAACAUUCCAUAAUCGUAAAAGAUUUUAUUGGACGUUUUCUAUGUAAAGAAUAAGAUCUUUUGUAUAUCAUCAGAAAAGGAACAAACACAACUGAUAGAAUCUGAGAUCAGAAUUGUAUAUACAUUUUUUCUGUGGCACAUACGCCCAAAAGUUUACUAUUCAUAUAUUUAUGUAUAUUUUCUCGGACACUUGUCUAUUUCGCAUUUGAAAUAAAUUUAUGUAGGGAUGUAAUCAUGGAAAGUGCAAUUUUGAGAUACAGGUUUAUGUUGAAGAUAGAAAGGAAUAUUGAGUUAUUUGUUAUGUAUGUAUAGAAUGUUUCAAAAAUCGUGACUUUGCUUGAAAAUGUCAUUGGUUACUAAUGAAUCCUGGCAAGUAUUACAUGUACAUUCACUGGGAAUGACGAAUUGGGAAUAAGGUGUCAUUGAAUAGGUAAAAUUAUCCAUUAUAAUAAAAUAUAUUACAUUAUGAAAUAAAAAUAUCUCCAGUUAUUCUUGUUAAAAAAACA